GGGGGGGGGGGGAAUAAAUGUGUCCGUUUCACCCCAUAGACUUUUGCUCAUUAGUCAGAAACCGUGCUGGGAAAAACCCCCAUUAAAUUGGGCGAGAGGAGCAAUUGAGGAAUCGAGUGCUGCUAAUGCAGGCAGUUGCUUUGACAGCUCCGGGUCCUUCUCUGCGGAUUUCGGGAGCGUCUGCGGAGACGCGCGUCACCCCGUGGCAGGGGAAGGCUCCCUCGUGCGAAACAUCCUGUCUUGACAACCUGUCGAUGGUCCCCAUGGCGAUUAGCUGGAGUUUAGCUGAAAGGCGCCCUGACUAUGGCUGUUACCCUGUUUAGGGGGGGACCAGCCUCUGUGGCAAUUUCCAUUCCCCGGGAGGGGGUACAUCCUUGUCUUGCGACUGUGUGGGACCAACACUGCUCCUCAGGCUCCACUUUUUUUUCCCCCCCCUGGGAAUUGGUUUGAUACUAUGGUUCGAUACUAAUUGCGCGGUCUGCCCACGUGAGUGAGACGGCUGCGUGGGGCAUGCGCAAGCAUUCGUUAGGCCCUUCGGGUUGUGAGCGUGUGAAUCGGUGUGCCCGCACGGCUUGAUGAAAGUGCCUAAGGAAAGCAGGAAGAAACGGAACUGGCAGAAGAUGGCGUUCUUUGAAUGUUUUCUGCAGCAACUGGAACGAGCCGUAAUGGCAGACCAGCAGCAGUUUGUUCAGCACCACCCGUAGCUAAUGUGGAAGAGAACCAACCAGCCGGCACUCCCGUUUUAAGCAUAACUGCGGAAGCGGGGGUGACGUUUGAGCUGCAGGUGAAUCCUGGGAACUUCUUCAGACUGGAGGAGGCUGCUGUCGUGGUGAACACACCGUUGGACUAUGAGACACCGCCAACUGAUAUUGGAAUUACAAUUCAGUGUACCCAUCCCGACCAAAGAACUCUUGCCUUACAGGUGAUCGUCAUCGUCAAGAAUGUGAACGACGUCGCUCCAGUGUUUGCACAGAGCCAAUACGCCCUGAGCACCCCAGAGCUGGCUCCAGUGGGUGCUACCGUGGACACGGUUGAGGCCACAGAUGUGGAGGGGGACCUGCUCUAUUAUUACAUGGAUCCUGAGAAUGAGUACUUCACGAUAAAGGCUGUGAACACCCCCGUCAUAGUUGUGAAGAAAACCGCCGACUAUGACGUUGUCCAGAGUGUGUCGUUCAAAUUAAUUGCCGUGGACACCCGCACUCCGCCGCCGCCCGGCGUAGCCUCCUUCUCCGCCACGGCAACUGUGUCCAUCAGUAUUACGGACGUGGACAACCGUCCGCCCUGGUUUCAGCCCUGCGCGGAGACGACCAUCGGCAGCAGCAAGAUCUGCCUGGGGUCCGGGUACAGGGGCAGGGUCAACCUGACAGAGAAAACGGAGGGAGUCUUGCCGCUGGAACCAGGCCCAGUGUUUGCCAUUGAUGGGGAUCGGGGCAGAAAUGAACAGAUUAUUUAUCGAAUUAUGGGAGGAAAUGAAGCGGGCAUAUUUAACCUGGACGAAAACACCGGAGGCAUAACCAUGCUGAAGGCUGCCGAUGUUGCUGGUCCCGUAGUCCUGACCGUUUUGGCCUUGCAGUUCCUGAACAGCGACCAGUUUUCCACCACUACGGUGACCUUCGAUGUGGUGAUAAGGAGCCAAAACCCUCCGCAGUUCGACAGGCAGCAGUACGAAGGCUUCAUAUCCAGCGACUCGGGCCCCAGCAGCCUGGUCCUGGAAGACAAGUCCCUGGACAGGCCUCUCCGGGUCCAGGCCACAGACGCUGAUUUCAUUGACGGUGUAAACCCCGACGUGCGCUACACCGUCGAGGACGGCAGCGAUUUCACCGUGACGGACGAGGGGUUCGUCCUUCUGAAGACGGAGCUGUCUCCAGGAACGGUUUCCAUACGAGUACAGGCAGUGGACACCUCCAACGGGGAGUCGGGCAUGACCACGGUCUCCAUCCAGGUACUCCCAGGAGCCACCACUGCCAUGUCAACCACUGCCAUGCCAACUACCGACAUGCCAACUACUGACAUGCCUACUACUGGUGUGGCCAAUGUAACCACAGGUGUUACAGCAAGCGCGCCUACCCCCAACUCCAGCGUUCCCAUGACAACUGAGACCCAGGAGAGCACUGCAGGUCCCAGCACGGCUCACACAGCAGCGGAGACGGGGCUGCCCCCCGUCCUGCCGGGGCAGUACCGCGAGGCGGACAUGGUCGCCCUGGGCGCCAGCCUGGCCGUGCUGGUGGCGCUCUGCCUGGCCAUCAUCGGCCUGCUGCUCGUGCGCAUCAGGAAGGGCGACGCGGCCUGGAGGAAGCUGUCCGAGGCCAGCCUGUUCCGGAGCACGCUCGCUCGCGGCUCUGGCAAGAUGAAGGAGGGGGUGCAGUACACCAACAGCGGCUUCCAGACCGACGGGGACACCGGCAGCGUGACCUCUGACCUCCCGACCAAAGCGGACCUGGCGCUGGACGGGGCGGGGCGCGGCGUCGGGGGCGGGGCCAGGGAGACGUCGCCGGCGGCCCGGGCCGCCGCGGCGGCCUCGGCGCUGCAGGAGGACUUCCUGCCCGACGGCGCCAGCCUGGCGGGGUCCGACAGGGCCGACAGCGAGAAGGGGGUGAAGCCCAUCCUCACCAAGGAGCGGAGGAACGAGGAGGGCUACAAGUCCGUCUGGUUCAAGGAGGACAUCGACCCCAACGCCAAAGAGGAGGUGCGCAUCAUCCCCGACAGCGGGGAGCGCGACGCCGACGACGAAGAGGAAGAGGAAGAGGAAGAUGAAGAGGGCUCGGCGGACGGAGAGGAGGACGUCUCGCCCCCCGACACGCCGUCUGCGCUGCAGACCGCGCUGGAUAUGAGCGGAGGGGCGGAGUCUCGUGGCGAAGGAGAGGACUCGGACCUGUAACGGCCAGGUCCGCGGCUUCGGUGUCCAGUGAGGGUAAAGGUCACAGGCGCAGGGUCUUCUCCCAACACUGACACUCUGACCCCUGUGUGUGUCUUUACAGCUGUGCAUCUUUACUCUCUGAGUCCCUGUGUGUGUCUUUACAUCUUUACUCUCUGAGUCCCUGUUGUGUGUCUUUACAUCUUUACAUCUUUACUCUCUGUGUCCCUGUGUGUGUCUUUACAUCUUUACUCUCUGUGUCCCUGUGUGUGUCUUUACAGCUUUACAUCUUUACUCUCUGAGUCCCUGUGUAUCUUUACAUCUUUACUCUCUGAUUCCCUGUGUGUGUCUUUACAGCUGUACAUCUUUACUCUCUGAGCCAAUAUGUGUGUCUUUACAUCUUCACUCUCUGAGUCCCUGUGUGUGUCUUUCCAGCCUUCACAUUUUAAGAGAAAAACCCCCCGACACAUCUCCAGUCAAGCAGUAAAGCAUAUAAAUAGCCCUGAUUACCAGACUGAGGGAAAAUCGACCUUUACUCCCUCAUCUUGUGUAUUUUUGAAUAUACUUCCUGAUCAUUACGUUCAGUUCAUGUCUAAUUUGUAACUUAUUUUUCUGCCUGUGACAUCAUGUCAGAGACAGAAGACAUUUACAUUAAAGCAGAAAUUAUGGAAACAAGGAGGUUCAGUACAACACUACAUGUAAUUUAGCUGAAUUUUUGUAAAUAAUCAUAUUUACUUUGUAUAUAUUUUACUAGAGGUGAAUUCCCAUGUUUAAAUUUCUAUAACAGAAAAU